GGAAAUUCAAAAAGACAAAACAGUUCCGUCGAGCGUUCACCGAGGAAACGGUUUCGUUCUAUUUUCAACGAUCAAUUCGCGAAACGGCAAUUCGAACAUCGAAUAUCGAUUCUUCCGUUGGAAUUGUUCUAAUUAUGAAUGGAUCGUACUUGACCCUGUUAGUUUGAUGUUCAUCAACAUGUGCGUUUGGAUUCGGAUAGAACCAGUUAUCCUUAGAUAUUGUUCUACUUAGAAUUUUACGACUUGAUUUUGCGACAACGUUUCCUUGAAGAUGUCAAUCAGCGGUUACACGUGCAUAAGAAUAUCUUUUUGCUGGAUAAAUGUAAUAUUUUGGAUUACAGGAUGCGGAUUGCUAGGAGUAGGACUAUGGCUCAGAAUAGCGUAUGAAGGAUACGCAUCUCUCCUGCCGCAAUACGCCCUGCUGAGCGCGGAUUCCCUGGCCAUUGCGUUCGGGACAAUUACAUUCAUAUUUUCGUUUUUCGCAUGUUGCGGUUCCUGGUUCCAAAACCGGUGUAUGUUGAUAACAUAUUUCUGUUUAGUCGUGUUCAUAUUUUUGCUGGAAUUCGUGUUCGGAUCCGUGGCUUUCGUGUUCAGAGAGAGCUUGAAGCACACGUUAAGCGAAGAACUGCAAAAUGGACUUUUGCACCACUACAAUAUGACGUCCCAAGGGCCCAAUAGUUUGGUACAAAUCUGGGAUAACAUUCACGUAAAGUUUGGUUGCUGCGGCGUUAAAAGCUACGAGGAUUGGUACAUGAUAGACGCCUGGCCUGACGAGAAGUGGGUACCGGAUUCCUGCUGUUUGCCGGCGAAUUACGACCUGAAUUGCGGCAAAGUAAGAGACGCCGGCAUCUACACGCAAGGCUGUUAUGCCCAAAUCAACAAUUUUUUCAUCAGAAGACUGGACAUUAUCGGUUUCGUGGGCAUUUUAAUCGCAUUUUUUCAGUUGUACGGUUUAAUAUCGUCUAUGAUACUGUUCUGCACGGUCAAACACAAAAGGUCGUCGAGGACUUACAAGUCUUAUUCGUAGCGAGAAAUUAAAUAGCGACGGUAUUAAAAAUUUAUUGUUAAGGAACGUUCCAAGUACAAAAAUGUAAAGGCUAUAGCUAUAGCGUAGUACAAUAGCUAUAAAUGUUCGCAGAUAAACAUUAUCAGGAUUCUUUGGUACUACUUACAAACGUACGGAAUGUAUACAGGGUGUUGAUGUUUGUCUAUAACGGAGCAGUUAGAUCUACUAUAAUGGUUCAUGUACCUGUAAAAGAAUCUUCGAAUACCGAGGGCUCUCUGAAAUAGAACCACCCUGUAUAUUUUUUAGUAUGUAUGUACUACCUACGAAAGAAACGCCUUAACUGUUCAAAUAUUAUUUAUUCUUGCAUAAAAUAAAUUGAUAGAUUUGUUUCGAAUUAUUUGUAUUGUUUUAAAUUCAGCUCGAGAUAUUUUUUAUCAAUUUGUAUGAAUCCAUAUUUUUUACAUCUGUGAUUAGCAAUCUAGGUUUUCAACAAUUGUAAAUUUUUAAAUAUCCAAAAUGUUCCUGGGUACAAAGAAAAUGUUCUAAAGAAAUAUGUUUAACUUAAAUUUUAUUUAUUUUGGGAAGAUUAUA